UUUGGGCUUGAGAUACAUGAAAAAUCUCAUCCAUAUAAGGAAUACAGACAAAACGAUUAACCAAAUAAAAGGACAUAAGGGCCGUUAGGAUCCACAAUCUCACAAGGUUUAUAUCUGUUUCAACCCCAUAUAUAGCUCUUACCAGACGUCCCUUUUUUAUGGUCAUAUUUAAGAUUAUACUAGAGAAUAAUAUACAAAAAAGAAUUAAAUUAGUAAAGAAAUCAUGUAUUUUGACUGAUAACGAAAAGAACGUCUGUUACGAAAAUUCCAAGUCAUUUGUUUGCAGUUAGACGGAUUACAAUAACAAAUUUGAGGAAGUAGGCAUAGAGACAGCGUUCGAAAAGGGGUUUAUCCUUCCUUUUAUUGAAUAGGAUCAUUGUUAAAGUCCGUUUUUGAAAGAUACUUAAGGGUGAUUUUUGCAUUUUGAUAUUAUUGUGCGCAUUAAAUGUAUGUUAAAUUGAGCUCGUGUUCACGCGUGAAUGAUCAGUUUAGAAGAUUUAAGUAAGUGAAGUUCUAAUCCAUUGAAUAUUCUAUUGGUUUCUGCAUUUAGUUAUUCGUAUAUGAGAGCAAAAUGCUAUACUUUGAAGACGCCAGGUACACUAAUAUUCUUCCCGUACAAAUUCACUUGCAUUCAUUCUCUUGUAUCUUUGAUCAUUCAUAAUUCGCUUGAUUCAAGUAAAAAGGUAUUGGAUCUUUCGGUUUACCAAGAAUUUCAGUAUGUUCCUAUUAUUCUCGUCGUAAUUUGUGAUUCAAAUGAGAGAAGAGAGAAAAAAGAAAUAAAAUGUUUAUAAAAAAAUCCAUACUUGAUGCAGCUUACCAAGUUGAUUCUUCUACCGGGUAGGAAAAUUAUGGAUGAUACAUUUACAAGAUAUAAGAAACCAAGUCAUAUGAAAGGCAUUAAAUGCCUUUCAACAACCCACAUAGAAUUGAGUUUUCUAGUAUUUGUCGAGUUUAUCAUCUAGAUUAGUAUGGCAUUUCACAAUGAAUAGUUAUUGAGACACGAGUAGUGCUUGAUAAAAAAGUUCUCUUCAGAAGCUUCGAUUAAACAAAAACGAACAAUUAGUUUUAUAGAAGAUAUAUCCCAUGGUUUACAGAAACCUUAAGAUAUGACAUCUGGCACUAUGUUUACGCGUUAUCAAGCUGAAGAAACUAAUUGCUAGUAAAUAUUCUGCUCAAUUUAUAGCACUUUCACAACUUAAGAUUUAGAAUCAGUUAAUGCAACUCAAUAUCCUUGGUUGCUUAUCCAUCAAAGAUGUCAGCUAACGUCAACGAAAACAGUAUUGUAUUCAAUACAAAAGAAGAAGAAAUAGUAUAGAGUUUACGAAGAACUCCAUAAAUAAAAAUAAUUGUGCGUGCUUGACUUUCACCUGGUUCUUAAACCUACCUACCACAAAAAACUCAAUGGAUACCUUUUACCUAAUUUAUUUUCUAAGUCACUUUAUUGCUGCGAUCUUUGUCGACCUUCCAAUCUCUGAAUGGGUGCAAGACAAAUAUCCUUCGCUUUCAGCUGUUAGACGCUUUUAUUUGGACAAGUACGAUGAUCCAAUUUUGAAAAGCCAUGCCCCAUGGCAAAAUGGCUUAUUUGUUUCUGAAGCAUUCAUUCAGCUGCCAUAUUUUUUAUGGGUCUCUUAUAGCAUUUGGAAAGACACAGAAAGUCCUUCAUUAUGGCUCUCAAUGUUGAUCUACGGAAUUCAUGCCGCCACGACAACAUGGAUCUGUAUUUUUGAACUAUAUGCUCAACAAAAAUGGAUCUUAAUUUCUUUUUACUUUCCUUAUUUGGUGAUUCCUUUGUUAAUGGCGGUUCAUAUGUGCAAGCGACUUAUAAGAGCGUGCACCCUUACGGCAUACCAGUCCUCUACCACCUCUUUAACUACUCAAAAAAAGAAUUUGUAAGAACAUUUCUCGUAGAAAAUGAAUCAAUUAUCUUCUGAAGAAAUACGUCGAACUAUUUUAUCCACACCAAUCCUUUUAAAUCGCGUACAAAAUGAAUUCCCACAACUAGCAGAAGUUUUAGAAGAUCCUGACCGAUUUGCAUCUACUUGGCAAACAUUAAAUCUUUCGCAACUUCUAUCAGCACCGCAGUCAUCCGGUUCUGUUCCUUUUUCUGCGCCUACCGUUCCUGAUGACCAAUUAUUUGAUGUAGAAGUUCAAAGAAAAAUUGAAGAGCAAAUUCGUCAAUCUAACAUAGCGGAAAAUAUGCAAAGUGCCAUCGAAAAUCACCCAGAGGUUUUUGGACAAGUGUACAUGCUUUUCGUCAAUGUCGAAAUUAAUGGACAUAAAGUAAAGGCAUUUGUAGACUCAGGAGCUCAAGCUACAAUUUUGUCUGCCGACUGUGCUUCACGCUGUGGUUUGACUCGAUUAUUGGAUACCAGAUUUUCAGGUGUCGCAAAGGGCGUGGGUAUGGCAAAAAUUUUAGGCUCUGUACAUAGUGCUCCUUUGAAAAUCGGGAACCUAUAUCUUCCUUGUCGGUUUACCGUUAUUGAGGGUCGUGACGUUGAUAUGCUCCUUGGUUUAGACAUGCUACGCAGAUAUCAAGCAUGCAUCGAUUUAGAAAACAAUGUUCUUCGUAUCCAUGGACAAGAGGUUCCAUUCUUAGGGGAAUCUGAAAUUCCGAAAAUGCACGCUACUUCUCAAACAUCCGGAGCCGAUGGUAUUCCUUCAGGCGUUUCCGCGUCUAAUACAUCUGGUGGAAUGCGUUUGGGUACGAAUGAUGAUAGCAAGUCAUCUUCAAGUAUUCCUGCGACUUCAAGUACCCCUAGCCUUAAUGUAACGGGUGAUCCUACUGUUGAAUCGAAGAUUGGACAGCUUAUCAGUAUGGGCUUUGAUCCUUUAGAAGCGGCACAAGCAUUAGAUGCGGCCAAUGGAGACGUGGAUGUUGCUGCAUCUUUUCUUCUAUAAUGGCUUAAUUGAUGACUGAUAGAACAUUUAGACGCAUGCUCUUCUAGGGAUUACCUUGUUAUUUAUUUUUUUCAAUUUUAGAAAAAUAUAUAUAUUAUGAUUUGUAAAUGAAUUUCUCUUUUACUAAUUUCUAGAUUAUCC